AAUCAUUUCAUUCGAUACUUGCGAUACACCGGAUGGAGUCUGGGGCACUCGCAUAAGCUAUCAAYUAAAGCAUUGCAAUGUACAGCGCAUACAAUAGAAUGAGGCGUAACUURAAAUGUUCGUCAAUSUUYCAGCUGGUCGUGAUUGUUGCGCCUGUGAUAGCGCUGCAACUUAUUCUCGUGACCCAGCGUCUCGACGGAGUCGUUGGUGUCGGCGUCGACGAUCACCAACAUUUGUACACGGAUAGCUUUCCUAGGAACGAUGAGUACAACUUAAUGGCCCUGGAACCGGAAACACCCUUUGGAACCCCAUACGGCGGCUUCAGCAGAGCUACGGCCAGCCGACUGGCCGCUUUGCCCUUGAAACUUCCUUCUAUAUCCAAAGUAGAGAAAGGGGAGAACGACCAGGACGACGAGGAUGACGGCGAGUUUGAUCCUAUGUAUACAACUGUGMGAGAUAAUGCCGGCCGUGCCUUUGCCUGCCGGAUAUUUCUGGAAGACGAACUGAAAGCAAGCAGUCUCGGAGAUAGUAUGUUCGACACUCCAAUACUGAAAGAGAAACCCAACAGCAGCAGCAAAGAAUCAUCSCCGUCGGAAGAACGCAACGAGGAAACCAGUGGAUCGGAGCAAGCUGACCCUUCCGCUUCUCAAAGUCUCUCCGAGAUUGGGUUCGACCCUGUAAUGGUAGGGCAUACAAUUCACCAGCGGUUGAAAAAAUUAACUGGUUUGUGCGCCCAGUUACAYCCCCCUGGUUGGUGGAGYUAUGAGUGGUGCCACCAAGAAAACAUUAAGCAAUUCCACGUCAAAGUUCUCCAAUCAAACGGCAAGGCACAAAAAUUUGAACUCGAAGGCAUAACCAAUCUCGGAAGCUUAUCUGAAAGGAGAAUCCAAGUCGUAAAUGAGGACGACGAUGAUGAUACGAACGACAAUGAAGAUGAAACUGACCU